UUGUAGCGGUGACGUAAUGUUUCCUGUGAGCUACUGAGAGGGACAAGCAGCAAUUUAGCAGGCAGGUUUCAGAGAGACAGUCUGAAGACUUGAACAGCGAGACUCGGAACCAGAAAUGACUGUGCUGGCGAGGGCCAGCAGAAAUUUACUGGACUGGACUCAGGCUUCAGAUGUUUAACUGAUGAGCAAGCAUUUGUUCCGUCCAGAAAAGAAACUUGGUACUGUGAAGCUUUCAAAUUGGAGACAGCAAUUCGACGUACAGCCUUUUGGUAGUUAUAUCUCUGCCAUCUGCGAGGAAGAGUGGAACUACAACAUCAUGCCCAAUGGUGGUGCAGUUGCCAAAGGUUACAGAACUGAAAGUGAAAGAAUCUUAAACUGCACGGAAUGUAACAUAUACGACAGGGAUCCGUGGCGUAGGAACUAAAGGAGCAGUGAUGCUGACUAUUGUAUUAUAGGCCUGUGUGACAUAUUUUCCGUUUGAAGAAUUAUUUAUUAAAUAUUUCUUCUUUUCGUUGUAAAAGAAGACAUUUUGGAUUUCUGUAAAUUUUGCAUAAAACUGUUGCGUAUAGCAUCAUGCCAACAUAUAAAGUGAAAGUGAAGUGGGGAAAAGAGAACUAUCCUGAUAUUGAAGUUAAUACUGAUGAGGACCCACUUGUCUUCAAAGCACAGCUGUUCGCUCUCACAGGAGUCCAACCUGAGCGGCAGAAAGUUAUGCUAAAGGGAACGACAUUGAAAGACUCCGACUGGGGAGACAUUAAACUGAAAGAUGGUGUGACUGUUCUGAUGAUGGGGAGUAAAGAAGAAGAUGUUCCAACAGAACCAUUAGAGAAACCUUUGUUUGUUGAGGACAUGAACGAGGGUGAACUGGCAUCUGCUCUGGACAUGCCAGCAGGGCUCACGAACCUUGGUAACACCUGCUAUAUGAAUGCCACAGUGCAGUGUCUCAAGACUGUCCCCGAGCUCAGGGAAGCAUUACGGGGUUUCCAAGGAGGAGUGACUAUGGCAGGGGGCAUGAUUCCAGCACAGUCCAUCACAGCUGCGCUACGAGAUUUGUACGACUCCAUGGAUAAGGGUGCCACUAUCCCCCCAAUUAUACUACUGCAGGUCCUCCACAUGGCUUUCCCUCGGUUUGCAGAGAAGAGUGAACAUGGUGGAUUCACCCAGCAAGAUGCUAAUGAAUGCUGGACAGAACUAGUCAGAAUGUUGCAACAAAAGCUCCAACCGAAACAAACAGAUGGAUCAGAUUCUCAAGCAAAAUUUAAGUCAUUGGUGGAUCAAUAUUUUGGGGGAACAUUUGAUUGUGAGUUGAAGUGCAUUGAAGCUGAAGAUGAACCCCCUAGCUUCAGUAAAGAGAAUUUCUUGCAGCUCAGCUGUUUCAUCUCACAGGAUGUGAGAUAUAUGCUCUCUGGGCUUAGAUCUAAAAUGCAAGAACAGUUGACCAAGCAGUCACCAACACUUGAAAGGGACGCUGUAUACACAAAAACGUCGAAGAUCAGCAGGCUGCCAGCGUAUCUAACUGUCCAGUUUGUGAGAUUCUACUACAAAGAGAAGGAAUCAAUCAAUGCUAAAAUUUUAAAAGAUGUGAAAUUUCCAUUAGAAUUUGAUGCAUUUGAACUUUGUUCUUCUAAGUUACAGCAGAAAUUGACACCAAUGCGGGCACGUUUCAAGGAAUACGAAGACAGACGUGUUGAAGAAGCCCAGAAACAGGAGAAGGAAGUCAGGAACAACAGAGAUGAUACCAGUAGAGCGAAAGUGAGGCAUGAGCCAUUCUCGUUUGAAGACGACUUGGGCUCAAACAACUCUGGGUACUACACGCUACAGGCAGUGCUGACCCAUCGUGGGCGUUCUAGUUCCAGCGGACACUAUGUUGCAUGGGUUCGUCAGAAAGGGGACAUCUGGCUCAAGUGUGAUGAUGAUCAGGUUUCUCCAGUUACAUGCGAGGAAGUCCUAAAAUUAUCAGGAGGCGGUGAUUGGCAUUGUGCUUACGUACUUCUGUAUGGACCACGAAUCCUUGAGGUGGCAGAGAAUGAAAAUACCAAGCCUACAGCCAUAGAGGAAACAGCAGCACCAUCGCCCAUGGAUACUUCAUCAUCCACCUCCCCCCAACAGUGACAUGUCAUCAACAAGCUAAUGGACGCCUGCAAAAAUAAACAUUUUGGGACUCUGAAAGUUGGUUUCCUCUUCUGCUGUUUUGCAUUUCUCAUGUUUUGUUAUAAGUAUGAAGCUGUUCCCCCUCCCCUCUGCUCCUGCCCCUUUACCGGUACCAAAAAUAAGGAAAUAUAAAAAUAAGUUUCAAUGAA